AUGAAUGCUCGAACCGGCAGAGCAUCUAUUGAUUCUGGUAUCGCUUUGCCCUUCAGGUCAAAGCCCACCAAAUGGAGGAUGUUCCUUGACAUGCCUCAGGAGCUCCGUUUUGUGGUAUACGAAAUACUUCUCGAUCUGAACGCUAAAGCGUACAUGUUGAUUGAGCCACUGCUGGGGAAGAUGACAUCCAUAACGAACCUACUCUGGUCUUCUCGCCAAAUCCGAGCUGAUAUCCACGCACUGUUGUCCCGCGCCAAAGUCCGGAUCAUGGCUGGCGUUCUGCAAGAUUGGACUCUGCGGCCUUACUCCCUGCUCAGGGACCAUGACAUGGAUCAGUCGGGCGCCAUGGCACAUCAAGCCUGGUCGGAGUUCAACAAGACGGUCCCUUUCGAAUUCAAGUUUACAAGGGUCCUGCUGUCAGUGAUGAACAAAAGCCAUUGUUGCCGAAUCACAGCCGAAAUCGACUUCCAGACGGGAGCAGUACGUGUUUCAGGGGUGGAGGAAGGAAUGAUUGGGCAUCGUUUUCGUCGCUGGCCACCGACUGGGUACACGCAAAAGCCUGGGCCUUUGCAAAAACCAGGGCCUACUCCCAAGUCCAUACAGAUGCUCCGGAAACCAUUCAUUGAUGCCAAGCUGGGACUGAUGGCGAGAGGUGGAUGCAGGUUCCAAGAUAUACGUCUGCUACUCGAAAGCGCGGGAAAGAUGGUUCAGCCACAAGACUUUUGGGGUAUUGACGAGCCGUGGGUGAAUCCAGAGUACCUACGUUAA